GCGCGCCUGGCCCCGGAGUCCCGAGUCCUUGCGCCGAUUUUGUGCUGGAAGGUCGCCUUCUCCGUCCGUGGAGCGACCUCACGUCGCUGGCUCAACAUGCCCGUCUGGGGAGGUGGAAACAAGUGUGGGGCCUGCGGGAGGAUCGUGUACCACGCAGAAGAGGUGCAGUGUGAUGGGAGGAGCUUCCACCGCUGCUGCUUCCUUUGCAUGGUUUGCAGGAAAAACUUAGAUAGCACAACAGUGGCAAUUCACAAUGAAGAGAUCUACUGCAAAUCCUGCUAUGGAAAGAAAUAUGGCCCCAAAGGCUACGGUUAUGGCCAGGGUGCUGGUACGCUGAACAUGGACCGGGGUGAGAGACUGGGCAUCAAGCCAGAGAGCAUUCAACCUCACAGACCUACAACAAACCCAAAUACUUCCAAGUUUGCCCAGAAAUAUGGAGGUGCUGACAAGUGCUCCAGAUGUGGGGAUUCUGUGUAUGCUGCUGAGAAGAUAAUUGGAGCUGGAAAGCCCUGGCACAAAAACUGUUUCCGAUGUGCAAAGUGUGGCAAGAGUCUUGAAUCAACAACUCUGACCGAGAAGGAAGGUGAAAUCUAUUGUAAAGGAUGUUAUGCAAAGAACUUUGGGCCCAAGGGAUUUGGCUAUGGUCAAGGAGCAGGAGCCCUUGUUCAUGCUCAGUAAUGUUGCAAGCACAGAACCAAGCAAUACACACCAAGAAUCUCUUCAUAGAAAUCUAUACACAAAUAAUCUAACACUAAACCACUGUGAGAAUCUACCAGUAUUAAGUAUUGCCCUGUACUUAGGAUGGCUCCUUGUAAGAAAGCAAUGUAUCAUUUUGCUUUAUUGACCAAUUUUAAGAACUAUUCCCUUAUUUUCAAUAAAAUUUCGCCUUGA